CUUUUUUGCGGAUCCUGCAUGUCCUAAUAUCACAACAACAUUAAUGGAUAUCCAAUUGCCGGAGUUAUCUGGGGAUGGUACAACACCUAUUGGGACGAUCGUAGGAAGCCUUGCUGCUCUUCUCUUUAUUCUUCUCGUGUUGAUAACAGUUAUCCUGUGGAUGAGAAAUAGAUUUUUAAGAGCUGUUUAUGAAGGACGAUCUACGGCAAUUUCGCUUAUAGAUGAAAAUCGUCAUUAUGAUAUAACUACUUGUGAAUCCCCUCUGCUGGCUGCAAACAAAGGAAUUAUAGAGGUGAGAGAAACGGUCGUCAAUGAAGAUCCAGAGGAAAGAGAGGGUUUCGUAUUAGAAACUGGUGACAACGAUUAUACUUCUGAGGUUGUAAAUCAAUGGAUGAAAAAACAAUGGGAAGAGAUAA